ACCCCAACGUAUAACAAGGGUCCACUGUACAACGUUUUCCACACAGCCAGCCUCAAAGGUGCUACAAGAUCCCUUUAAAUGGUGUUAACGGAUGUCCAAGUCACCUUGGGAGAAGCUUCUCAAAUUUGGACAUUUUCUGAGGGUUGGGGAAGCCUUAUAGAAGAAGAUGAAUAUUCAUUUCAGAUUCCCCCUCCCAAUCCUUUAUUGGACCUCAGUUUCCUGGGAUUUCUUCUGAAAAUGCUGCAGUUCAAGAAGCUUUCAAUAUUUCUUUAUUGUGUCUGGCAUAAAUGGUGCCAUCUGCAUAUCUGUGUCUGGAAAUUAAGGAUUUAAGAAGCAUUUAAGGACAUUUUUGACAGCAUCUCUAGUCUUUCCAAAAUGAUAUUAAAUGAAAUGUUCUGUGCUUUCCUAUGGAUUUUGACAGUAGUUUGGAGAGUCUGUUUAGCAGAAGGGGAUACCCUUGUCUCUUUAACCUUUUAUGAAUCGAUCUGUAUGGAAGACGGACAACAAGACAAGAACAAUGCAGUUAACAAUUACAAAAAUUCUGAACGGUCACAGAAUCCUGGAAAUAUUAGCUGUGUUUUUUACUACUCUGAGUCUAUUAAUUACACACUUACUUGUCACUGGAUUCCCAAAAAAGAAAAACACAUGGAAACAACCUACAUGCUCACAAGAAGAGAUUCUCGUGGUACAAAUAAGAGUUCCUGUUUCAGCAAAAAUGGUUCAUGUUCAUUGUAUGGUGUUCCGUAUGCUGCUUCUUCUUGUGUUGAGCUAAAGGCAGAAAAUGAGAAGGAAGUGAAGAACCGUGUACUCAUUAAGCCUGAAGAGAUAUUGAAACCUGAUCCUCCUCAGAUAACUGAAGUAAAACCAAUUGCAGGGAUGAAACAAAUGCUAAGAGUUUCCUGGAAAAGACCUCGCAAGAUACCAAAAGGAUCUUAUCUAAAGUGCCAGAUUCACUACACAGCAGCAACAAAAAAUCACACAGAAGAUGUAUUUAUAAGUGACAGAGAAGAAUAUAAUCUCACAAACCUGUGGGAUUUUACAUACUAUACUGUUGUUCUUCGGUGUACUCUUAAUGAGUCGAAGGUUUGGAGUGAAUGGAGUAUAGAGAAAAUGGGAAGAACAGAAGAACAAGCUCCUUUGAGGGUAGACUUGUGGAGAGUAAUCGAAUUUGAUCAGCACACUGAAAACCGAGUUGUACACCUUUUAUGGGAGGAAUGUAAAAUAUUCCCAUGUUCAGGACUAGUGAAUGGAUAUAGAAUAAAAUAUUUUACCAAAAGCAGUGAUUCUUUAAAAUAUGCAAAAAACACUAGUGACAACAGUGCCACUCUCAACCUUACCAAGGAAGCCUAUAUAAUCAGUGUUACUGCUUUUAAUGAAGCUGGAGAGUCUCCUGAGGCUACUUUGAGAAUUCCACCGAUACAUGAAGAAGUAAUGGAUCAUGAAAGGAUUGUUUCCAUCAAGGCUUCUGCUUUAGAGGAGCAAAUGUUUUUGGAAUGGGAACCAUCGAAUGUAGAAAUAAACAACUAUAUUGUAGAAUGGUAUUAUGAGUCAAAUUCAAUCAAGAGAUCAUGGCAAAAGAUAAACACUACAAAAUGGACAUCACCAAAAGGAGCCUUCAUACGUUUUAAAUACUACUACAUUUCUGUAUAUCCCUUGUAUAAAGAUGAAAUAAAAACUCCAUGUUCCAUCAGAACUUACUUUCAUCAAGGAAUCCCAGCAGAAGGUCCUACAGCUGAAGAAGUAGAGGACAUUGAUAAAAACCAUGCUACCAUAAAAUGGAAGGCAAUACCAGAAGCAAAGAGAAAUGGUUUCAUCACUAACUACACUGUAUUUUAUAAAGCUGAGGAUGGAAAAGAAUUUGGAGAAACUGUGGAUUUCAGUGUUCUACAAUACCGAUUUAAGUUAUUGCAAGCUAAUACCAAGUACACAGCUCACGUUAUGGCAAGCACCAUUGCCGGCGGAAAAAACGGAACAGCAACCACAUUCAUCACCAGCAAAUUGAGUGUGGUAGAUAUUAUUCUUAUAAAUGUCGUUGUUGGAAUGUUCAUGCUGUGCCUCCUAAUUAUUGGCAUAUUGGGGGCUGUAAAAAGACAUAUCAGGUUAAAAGAUGCUCUCUGGCCUAAAAUACCUCACCCCCACAUUAUGGCAACAGUUGUUACCAUGGACCAGCAGCCAGUACCCUUGAGAAAAUCGCCUUCUGCGGAUGAAACACACAUCAUUAUUUCAGAAGUACAACCUUGUAGCAAGGAGCAAAAUGAAUUUGAGUUUACGAAUUCUGAAGACUGCCUCAAUGAGACAGAUGAUGCUACAGAAGUUAUGGUUGGCAGCAAAGACACUUUGUGGAAUGAAGAACAUGAAGCACAUCCACCAACAUUCUAUCCUGAACAUGAUUUCAGGAAUCCCACUCUUCCUGAUAUGAAAGGGAAUUGUUAUGACAACCAGGAAGUUCAAGAUCAGCCAUAUUUGAAGGAAUUCAACCCCUAUUUGAAAAACUCAGUCCCCACAAGAGAGUUCAUACUUUCUGAAAACCUAGUCCAAAAUAUAGAAGGAACUAACACUCAGCCUGUUCCCAUGACCUCUUGUCUGCCAAAUAGCACUGAGCAACCUUAUGUAGCACUAGAUACAUUUACAUUACUCCCAAAGCAUUAAUAAACUGUUUUGUUUCAAGCAGUUUCAAAAUGAAGUCUUGCACACUGUCUGUGCUACUUGUAUAUAACUGUUAGGAAAAAAAAUGACUGCCUUUUUGAAUAUUUACCUUUUGAUCUGCUCUUUGAAACUCCUGCAGUUCCUUUCUGCUUUUAAAACUACUGGGAGUGCUGGGGUGGGAGGAAGCAAAUUUAAGUAGAAAGCUAGCCAAAUACAGGUGAAUAAUGUAAUUGCAUUUUUCUUGCAGGAAAAGCUGAUUGGUACCUUAACGGACUUGUUAUUAAACAACUUUUCAUUGGCCACAGUGGGGUAGAAAUUGUGCUUUUCACGUAUUGGAUUGUAACUCCCAGCGGUCCUAGCUAGUAUAGCCAAAAAUAAGAGUCCUAUGAUUUCUAACCCUGGACUAUAGCAUAUAAUUGUAAAGUCAUUCCUCCCCUAAUUUUUUUCUUCUUCAGAUACCCCCAACUCUCUCCCCCCCCCCCCCCCACUGGCAAUUUUAGGCCCAGAAGUCUUUUAUUUCAGCAAGUGACCUAGAAUUCAGCUUCUGGUUAUUUCCUGGGUCUGAAAAUGUGGCCCAAUUACCCACCUCUUUGAGAAUUUGGAAGCAUGUAUUUUUUUUUUCAAAAAAUGGGAAGCUUUGUUAAUAUUACCUGUGAUGCAUUUCCUCCUGCCCAUGCAGCUAGGGUUGAGAGAGUCCCUGUACUUUUCUAAGCAAUGCCUCUGACAUUGCUGGCUCAACUGGCAGUUAUCCCAAGUAGUUUGUGCAGCAUAACUGUUUGGGAGUGCAGUUUUAAUCAUAACUAAAAUGACUUUUUUCCUUUGUUGCACUGAUAUUGUCUUUGCAAGUAAGUGUACACGGUCCCUCCAGUACACUAUUAUUGUAGAAGUCGGACCUGCAUCUUGGGCCCAAAACAGACGGGCCAAAUAAUGUGGUUUCCAGCUGUGUUUGGGGUGUAGUGUUAACAUGAUCCAUGUCCUGAAUGCACCCAGAAACUAUGCCAACAUUGUGCCAUCACCAAAUAACUAGGCCAAAAAGGAGUGGCAAGAACCUGCUCAUUUCUGCAGUCUGGUUCAGGACCCUGGCGGUGGCCUGGAUUGGGCACAUGCGGUUGCCGUGGCCCUGGCACAAAUGGCACUGGCAUGGUCCCGCCGUGGUCCUUUUGGACCAUCUGUUUCGGGUCUUAGUUUCACUGCCACAUCAAACCUUCUCAAAGAACCCUUUUCUUGGAAAACCAGGGACAAUCAACCACCAUUUCAAAGGAAAAAAUUGGGCACCCACAAACUCCUCUAUCCAACGUUUUGCCUGGCAGAAUCACUCAUAGCCUACUAUAUGAACAGGAGUUCUAAUGUAGUAGCUGCAGAUAUGCAACUGAGAUUUUCUUUUAAUUCCCCCUCCCUCCAAAAACCUUUUACUUAGUUUUCUGACUAUUGUUCUUUGUGUCAUCCAAAUAGGACAUGGUACAGUUGGCUCUUCAUAUCUUUUUUUUUGGGAGGGGGGGGGGCAAAAUCUGCAGGGACCUCAGGUUAUGUUGUUUCCAACGGCAGUGCAAAUUAUGGUUUAUUGUGGUACCAGAGCUCUCUGACAGAGAAGGCUAAAUGUCUCACAGAACUACAGUUCUCAAGAUUUCCUAGCAUUGAGCCAGGGCAGUUAAAGCGGUCCCAAACUGGAUUAUUUUUGCAGUGUGUUUUGUACUCAAGCAUGCGUGGUGGGUGUCAAUAUAUUUUCUACUCUUAAGAGAAGCCACAUCAUAUUUUUUAACCCAUUGUUCAAACAUAUUUGAAAUUCAUAAAAGUGUUAAUGUUUUUACUUGGAUUAAAUUAAGCAAUCUCAUUUAGACCAAAGACAGCCAUCCUUUUAUGAUUCUCUAAAUAAACAUGUUUAUAAUCAGGCUGUAUAAAAUAUAAGGAUUAAGGAAACCUUUCACCUUCUAGUUGUUAGACUAUAACUUCCACAAUCCUGUGACUAUCUGUUUCUAUUCUAUUCUAAUUUAAACUAUGGUUGGCUUGAAGUCAUUCAUUGCUCCAAUAUGAACUACUCUGAAAUGUAAAAUAUUCAAAAUGACCCAUGAAUAUAAUUUUGUUACAGUAUCUAGGUAAUUUUCUUUUUAAAAUUGAAAACCUAUUUUUGGCUCCAUACAGACAGGCCCAAAUAAAGCUGCUUCAGGUCACUUUGGAGGUAUACUCUUUCAAUGAUGCAUGCGUCCUAAGAGUCCGGAAG